GGAAAUGGAGUAUGUGGGCCUCGCAUGCACUUUGGUUGCCUGAUAGAACCGUCCUCUUUGCACGGCGAACAAUGAAUGCUACAUAAAUUCAUUCAUUGAUAUAGCUACUUUAAAGCAUUAUCUUAAUCAUGUUACUUAUUGCCAGUCUAAACAAUUAAAAGGCAUAGUUUUGCUGUACAAGCUGAAAGCUUUCUGUUCAUUUCCCCAGAAAAACAAAAGCUUUCUGUUCCCUCCUUGUUUUACAGCAUUUGGGAGGGAUUACAGUGCAGGAAUUCUGAAGCAUAUCUGAAAAAAAAGCAGGACAGACGAAGAAGAGUGAAGACUCAGAAUAGGAGAAAGACGGGUGCUGAAAAGAGCAGCCCCGUGCUUUUCCUUGCUUCUUCAUUUCUUUGUAGCUACUGAGGAAUCGGCGAAUCUCGAGAUCACGCGGAGCUGGCUAUUGUGGGUUUCGAUUCCUUGUACCAAGUGAUUGCUUAUUGCAGCUCAGUUGUUUAAAGUAGGAAGCCCCCCGUCAUGCUAAAGCUCGUUAGUGAUGGUUUUUUCUCUUUGUAUCCAGAAUGAAUUUCUGGGCAGAACUGAAUCGCCAUCAUUAUAAGUUUCCUGAAGGUCAAUUUUGAGAGGCAUUUGGUGUAGUUUUGACAUCAGUAUGUGGGGUUGGACAUGCUCAAGCCAAGGGAAGCUGAUAUACCUGUUCUGUUUGUGGUGUUAAUUGUGCUGCCUAUCGUCACUUACAUUUUACUUGGAAAAUGGAAUGAGGCUUCAAAGAAGAAGACCAAGAUAAGUAUGCUUGCACAGAUAGUAUCUGAAGAAGCCCUUAGAAUAGAAGCUAUAGCACCAGCUGAUGUUCUACCAGUAGUUCCUUCUUUGAAGAGUAGCACUCAUGUGUGUGCUAAAUGUUUUGCCCUUGCUACAACUCGCUGUUCCAGAUGCAAGUCUGUUAGAUACUGUUCAGGGAAAUGCCAAAUAUUACACUGGAGGCAGGGGCAUAAACAAGAAUGUCAGCAAUGGCAAACUGGUAUUCUGAAUAAUUUUACUGGUCCUGUCCCUACUGCAGAUUCUGUUCAUAGAGGGUCCUUGACAGCAGGCCCGCGAGAGUUUAUUGGAAAUGAUACCGAGGGACAUCCAAUAUUUUCUGAUUUCUCCGAUGAGGCAUUUUACUGGAAAGCAGACUCAUCCCUUGAUCCACAAAUCGAAAGGAAGUCGCAAGAUCAUGUUAAGAGAGCUCGAGGUAAACUGAAAAGAGAAAUGUUGGCAAAUGAUGGUGAAAGUAUUUUUACAGGGACCGGUAUCACUUGUGCUGAUGCUCAAUUGUUGGGUGUGAGUUCAGAACUCUCCACAGGCAAUUUUCUUAAAGAUGCUACAUUCAAAUUAGGACCUGGAAAUUUUCCUGCAACCGAUGAAGAUCAUGGAUAUGAUAUACAAGGCAUUCAAAUUCAUACCAGUCUAUCCAGUGCCCGAAAUUCUUUCUCUGAGUUCCAAAAUAUUACAGAUGAAAAUAAGAGAUUACAUGAUCCAAAAAGCCCCACUAACCUUUCAGAGAAAACAUUUGAUCUACCACAAAAAUCAACAGAGGAAACAAUUAUCACAUCUAGGCACAGAUACUCCAGUGGCCCUUCUGAAAAAUCGAAAGAUAGAAUUGAAACUGGGAAAAAGUAUAUUUCAAAUAAAGUUGGUCAUGAAGAUGGAUCUCCCUCUUCCUAUGAGAUGACAGGCUUGGCCUCAUCAGCUGAAGUGAAAUCAGUUAAAGGAAAUGACAUGUACAAAAAGGCUCCAUACAAACUGGAUCCUCUUAAAACUUCAGCAACAGUGCCAAGUCAAUGCCAAUCUCAAACUGAAAAAAGAAAAAGCCACAAAGAAACUGAUUUAAGAUCUCCCCAACGUGUUCCCACAAGCGCUUCUGGGCAGAGCUGCAAUGGAACAUCAAACUUGGAAGAGAUUAUCCUGGAAGCGACAAGAAAUUCUUCUAAACUUCCUAAGAGGAGUUUUCUUGGAUUGAUGAAUAGUUAUAAAAAAAUUAAGGUGCUUUUUCCCUAUGAAGAUCUAGUCAAACUUUUUCAGAGUGAAGUCUCAGGCAUAUCACCAAGGGGUCUUCUCAAUUGUGGAAACAGUUGCUAUGCCAAUGCUGUUUUGCAGUGUCUGACAUUUACAAAGCCUCUAAUGGUCUACUUACUUCGUAGAUCACACUCUAGAUCCUGUCGGAUAAGUGAUUGGUGUCUGAUAUGCGAACUUGAACGGCACACUGCAAUGUUGUUGGAAGAAGGCGGCCCGCUGUCUCCCGGUAAUAUUCUGUCAAACAUGAGGAGUGUUGGUUGUCGAAUGGGUGGCGGAAAACAGGAAGAUGCUCAUGAAUUUCUUAGGCUGUUAGUUAUGUCUAUGCAAGUUGUAUGCCUUGAGGAUCAAGGUGGUGAAAAGAAGGUUGAUCCCGGAUUGCAGGAAACUACUCUUGUACAGCAGAUUUUUGGUGGCCGACUCAAAUCUAAGGUUAAGUGCCUGAGAUGUGAUCAAGAGUCGGAGCGAUACGAAAACAUAAUGGAUCUUACGUUGGAGAUUCAUGGAUGGGUUGAAUCUUUGGAGGAUGCCCUCACGCAGUUUACUACCCCCGAGGAUUUAGACGGAGAAAACAUGUAUAGAUGUGGAAGGUGCUCUGCAUAUGUUAGAGCAAGAAAACAGUUGAGCUUACAUGAGGUGCCAAAUAUCUUGACAAUUGUACUGAAGAGAUUUCAGACAGGAAAAUAUGGGAAAAUCAGCAAAUGUGUCACAUUUCCAGAUUUGUUGGAUAUGAUUCCAUUUGUAACUGGGAGUGCUGAUAGUCCCCCACUUUACAUGCUGUAUGCUGUUGUUGUGCAUUUGGAUACCCAAAAUACUUCUUUCUCCGGUCAUUAUGUAUCUUAUGUGAAAGACAUUCAAGGAACGUGGUUUCGAAUUGAUGACUCUGAGGUGCAGGUUGUUCCCUUGAGUCAGGUCAUGUCUGAAGGUGCAUAUAUGCUAUUUUACUCAAGGUGUUUCCCACGCCCUCCAAGUGCUUACAUAGAGAGGCCAUUAUUUCAAGCUCCCCAUCUUCAGCAUGAUUCAUGGAAGUUUAUGAUAUCUUCAAGGCAUGGGCAACACAAGGAAACUGUAAUUGGCCAUCCACACUCUAGCUCAGUAAAUGGUGAUACUUACUUGAGGCCCGAAAAACAACGCGAUGACUGUAACAGGAAUGGGAGAUACUUAUUUCAAAGAGAAAAAGCUUCUGCAAAUCUGGUCAGCACAGACUUCUCUGAUGCUACAUCAAGUGAAUUGUCCCUCUUUACAAGCUCAGAUGAUUCAUCCUUUACCACCGAGAGCACCAGAGAUUCAAUCAGUACUGUUGAUCAUGGGGACUCAUCUGGUCUCGAUACUAUUUCUUCUAUCUUUGGUCCUUUCUAUAUGCCAGAAAGCUCUCAUGGUAAUGGCAUUUCAUGUACAAAGUCCUUGUUGUCUACUCUGCAAACUAGAAUUCACCGAGAGAAACGGGCAUUCAUCUUGGAUUCUUCAGUGCCACCUCGACCAUUUCGGCGAUGAUGUACAUAAGGCAAGGAUACCAUAGCAUUUUUGUUUAGCUCUUAUGUGAGUGUUUAGUCUGUAAGACCAAAAUGGGGAGUAAUCCCAUUGUUGUGAUUAUAGUCAUUAGAUUGUACUGAAAUCCUUCUAUAUUUCAAGUUAGUAACUGGUUGCGCCUCAUGAUUUUUAGUUCAAUGAGGUUUUUGCCAAGGAGAAAUAUAAGACUUAUUCCACUUUGUAGCUAGCAGAUGGUCUACUGGGAAGCAUUAGACUGUUAUAACUUUGGUUACAUGAGAGUGAUCAGUCUUCUCUUCAGCAAUGAAAUGAGAAGAUGAAAAAAAAUUUACAUGGAAUAUUUUGUUUUGCUGUUAGAAAUAGAGUUCGGUUAGAGAUGAAUUA